AAAGAAGUACGUGAGUCUCCCAUAUUACCAGGACCUAUCACAUGACCAGAUGAUGGUCAGAGCAGGAAUGAUGCUGAUGAUGAGAUGGGCUUCCUUUCAUCUGAAACAAAGUUUCUAUGAGUAAUUCACAAUUAAGAAACAGAUUAAACACUUACUUUCAACAGAUUCAUAACUUUUAAGAAAGAACUUCCCCUUUGACAAUCCCAAAAGGAUUGUGGAAAACAAUGUAAAUAGCAACAAGGAAAAGUCCUGCUGAUUGGUGGAAACUUUGGAGGCCAGGUGUAUAAAAGGUCCCGAUUGCAAGGGGUCAUCAGAUUCUGGGAAAUUCACCUCUGAACAGAAGCCCACCUUCCACCCCUGACACCAUGACCAACUGUUGCUCCCCUUGCUGUCAGCCUACGUGCUGCAGGACCACCUGCUGCAGGACCACCUGCUGGAAGCCCACCUGUGUGACCACCUGCAGCAGCACACCCUGCUGCCAGCCCUCCUGCUGUGUGUCCAGCUGCUGCCAGCCUUGCUGCCGCCCAACUUGCUGUCAAAACACUUGCUGCCAGCCCACCUGUGUGACCAGCUGCUGCCAGCCUUCCUGCUGCAGCACACCCUGCUGCCAGCCCACCUGCUGUGGGUCCAGCUGCUGUGGCCAAACCAGCUGUGGGUCCAGCUGUGGCCAGAUCAGCUCCUGUGCCCCUGUCUACUGCAGAAGAACCUGCUACCACCCCACAUGUGUCUGCCUGCCUGGUUGCCUAAACCAGAGCUAUGGAUCCAGCUGCUGCCAGCCCUGCUGCCGCCCAGCCUGCUGUGAGACCACCUGCUGCAGGACCACUUGCUUCCAGCCCACCUGUGUGACCAACUGCUGCCAGCCUUCUUGCUGUUGAUCAACUCCCAAGAGAACCACCGUCCUCACACAAGAACCUUCUGCUCAAUUGACUGAUCUUUUGGGGGACUAAUUUACUUUGCUGCUGACAGCCACUGUGCUCUCACCCAAAUUUUUAUGAAUUAUCUGCAUGUUUAAAAUCUUGGGAAUCUGUUUGAGGGAGGGCAGAAUACUUCAUCCUGAUUCUCUUUUACCUUCCACCUUGUGGAUCAUGUGCCAGCUUCGUGUGUUCUCAAUUUGGAGUCAUGGUCUCAGCUUUCACUUGAAAGUCAAGAGUUUCAUUCUCUGCUUCUAAGGAAUUUAGGUUUCUGCAACUGAUCGAUAAACUUUGCAAUUAUAUUUUUGUUUUCAAUAUCGUCCUCAUGGUUCUUGUAUCCUUUUUUCUUUUUUCAUGAUAACUUUGAGUUAUGUCCCUGGUAGCAGAAAUUCUUAGCUAUGUUUCUGAAUAAAGUCUGAACCAUCCUCAUCUCA